CGCCACCAACGCCAGAUACCAAAGUGUUUUACGUCCGUUUGAAUCGGCUUGUGAUUCAGUUUCAUUUCUUUAGUUUCCAAAGGGCCACACUCACUGUUGAGUUACCAGGAUGUUCGACUCAAAGAUUAAGGUGCCCAAGUACGACUCGGAGGCUUUCGACAAUGUCGAGUACGAGCUCCAGAUGACGUACACCUUGGAAACGGAUCGCCGGAUUAUGAGCUUCUACGACUGCAUGUGGGGCAUGGAGGUGUCCGGUGGUGUCGAUCAGUUCGAACCACUGACCAUUGUCAGCGUCUCAGCAACUGGACUGGCCAAGCGGGCAGGCAUGCGGGUGGGCGACGAGAUCACUCAGAUCAACGAUGUUCCCGCCCUGGAAAUGACCUUCAAUGAGGCUUUGGAUAUGUUCCGGAAGAACAAGCGCUAUGUCAGGGUUUAUGUGAGGGGUGACGAUGAUGCCCCCGCUGAGGAGGACUGGACCUGCGACUGCUGGUUCAAGCCCAGAAAGCCCUGGAGGCGCGACUUUACCCCCAUCCAGUGGACCUUCCCUUGGAACGAUCGCCGCAAGCCCGUCUACAAGGAGUCCAACUGCUUCAUGGUGCCCAGCAAGAUGGAGGAGAAGAUCCGGGCCAGACGUGCUGCCACCUCGGCGGUUCACAAGAAGGAGGAGGGUGCUCCACACACCCGUUCGCUGACCCCCACGCCCAGGCCGAAGAAUCAGCCGGGACCCAAUCUUCUGGAGACUGUGCUGAGACCUCGUGGACCACCACCCAGGGAUUAAGCUGGCGAUUCUUAAGAUGAAGCUGGACAAGUCACAAGAAGGACCUGCAGGCAGCGCUGAAUCCGCUGCAGUGUUCAAGUGUCCUUCUGGGUUCCAAAAGUCAAAAGUGAGGCAGACAGCAAGGCAAUAAGCUGAAGUGCCGUAAAAAAGCGAUUUGGAAAAUUGUUUUUCAGAAAACACUGUCUAAUUAAUGUUUAUUAUCAUCCAAUAUUUGCUGCAGUGCUUUGAGGAUUAAAAAAAGGACAGGCAGGAAUCCAUUUAAAAGGAAUCAGUGCCGCACAUGUCUAUGUGAAAUAAGCUUAAAAUUGUCUCUGAAAAGACAUUGUUAAGCUAAUGAAAUAAAGUAUUAAAGUUUUUAAAAUAA